UGAAAGUUUAUUUAGUUUUGAUAAGUUAGGCCUCGUUUUAAUGUCAGUAUAAUUAAAGUAAAUGAUACAAGUUGAUAAAAAUUGUUAUCUUACUCUAUAGUCAAAAUGUGUGUUACUGAAGUUCAAAUCUCGUAAAAAAAGUGUUUAAUUCAAUGAUUGAUUCAGGGUCCAUCUAUAGGAUGUUUAGGAUAUUCUAAUGGAAUGUACGGAAUAUUCAUAAAAAAUAAAUUGUUAGGCACUUGGGAUUGUUGAAGUACCUAAAGUAGAAAAUGGAUUCGACUAAGAAGCAUGUAAAAGUGUCACCGGAAGAGAGUGCUAGUCCGUUUUCAGUACUUUUUUAUUGGUGGAUUCUGCCUUUUUUGAAGUAUGGAUAUCAAAAUGAUAUUGGGAUGAAAGAUGUAUAUAAUACCACACAAGCAGAUCAAUCAGGACCAUUAGGGGAUGAAUUACAAGAAAAUUGGGAGCGAGAAAUUUUAAGUUAUAUUGACAAGCAGAAAAACAAACCUAGUUUAAAAAAUGCAAUAUUUAGGACAUUUUGGAAAUCUUUUAUCCUUUCCGGUGCUGCAAUAUUUGUACAAUUUAUAAUUAUUAAGACACUCCAGCCAGUAGUUUUGGCCAAAUACAUUAAUUUCUUUGAUACAAACAACAAACCCUACCUUGGUUGGAUAUGGGGAUGUGGAGUGGUUUUGUUGGCAUUGGCCAAUGUGGUUCUAUACCAUAGCACAAUGUUAGCAACCCAAAGGAUUGGUAUGAGAAUUCGUACUGCGGUAUCUUCGUUGACUUACAGAAAGCUUUUAAAAUUAAACCACAAAUCUCUAGGAGAAACUGCGGCAGGGCAACUGGUUAAUCUUAUGUCCAAUGAUGUUCAAAGAUUCGAUGUGUGUGCCGCUUCCAUACAUUUUAUUUGGAUCAUGCCUAUAUACGCGGUACUUACAUUCUAUAUCUUGUAUAUCUAUGUGGGAAUCAUUGCUGCUGUGACUGGAAUGGCGUUUAUUAGUUUGGAAUCAAUUCCAUUACAAGGAACAAUAUCCAGAUGGCAGGGUGUAUUGAGGUAUAAAAUUGCCCUAAGAACUGAUAAGAGAAUUAAACUGAUGAGUGAACUAACAUCUGGAAUACAAGUAAUCAAAAUGUACGCAUGGGAGAAACCCUUUGAAAAAAUUGUAGAAAUGUCAAGAAAAUACGAAAUAGACGUGAUAGCCAAGACCUCAUAUUUGUAUGGAAUUUUAUCAGCUACUAGUGUAUUUACUGAACGACUGAUCCUUUACGUAACUUUAGUACCAUUUGUGUUACUUGGACAUAGAUUGACAGGAGACAUUGCAUUUUCCCUUGCCAACCUUUUUAAUAACAUACAACUUGUCAUGGCGAUUAAUUUUCCAAGAGCACUAUCAUCUUAUAAUGAAGCAAACGUGUCUAUAGCAAGGUUAGAAAAAUUCCUUCUAUUAGAAGAAGUUGAAGAAGAAACAGUAGUAAACGAAAAGCACGGUGAUCAUGUGGGAUGUAUUAAUUUAAACAAUGUUACUGCCAGUUGGUCCCCUAAAUCGAUCGUACCAACAUUGAUUGAUAUUGAUCUACAUUUAAGAUGUGGAACCUUAUGUUGUGUGGUGGGUAAUGUAGGAAGUGGAAAAAGUAGUCUCUUGCAGUUAUUUCUAAGAGAAUUACCAAUAACGUCAGGUUACAUGAAUAUUGCAGGAAAGAUCUCAUAUGCUUCUCAAGAGCCAUGGUUGUUUGUAUCAAACGUGAAAGAUAAUAUUUUAUUUGGAAAAUCAUUUAACAAAAAGAGGUAUCAAGAUGUUAUAAAAGUGUGUUCGCUAGAAAGAGAUUUAAAACAGUUACCGUACGGCGAUAAAACAUUGGUGGGAGAAAGAGGCAAGUCGUUAAGUGGAGGACAAAAAGCAAGAAUUAAUCUAGCAAGAGCUGUCUACACAGAAGCUGAUAUUUAUUUAUUUGACGACCCCCUUUCUGCCGUCGAUACAAAAGUUGGAAAGCAUCUAUUUGAUGAAUGUAUAACGAAAUAUUUAAAUGGAAAAACAAGAAUUUUGGUAACACACCAACUUCAAUACAUGAAGAAAUCAGAUCUGAUAGUCAUAAUAAAUAAUGGCAAAAUAGACAAAGUGGCAAAAUUUCAUGACCUAACUGAGCAAGAGUUGAAUCUCCUCCAACAAACCCCAGAAAUUGAUGAUAAAGAUAAAGAGAAAAUGCCGACUAUAUUAGAGACGAAAAUUCCAAAAGUUUCAUCGACUGCAACACUUCAAUCAGCAUCUUCAUUAGCAAGUUCUAUACCAACUGAAGAACCAGGAGAAACAGGCGAAUUAAUAGAAAAAGGAGAUUUAUCGACUUCUCUUUAUUGGGAAUAUUUCCGAUCUGGGACUGGCAUUGGUUUCCUGCUAUUUACAGGUUUUAUGUUUAUUUUUUCACAAAUCAUAACAAAUGCUUCAGAUUUGUGGUUAUCUCAUUGGACUAAUGUUGAAGCUAGAAGAUAUGUCUCAACUUUAAACUUAUCUACUGAAUUCAUUUCUACAACGAUUUCUUCUAUAAACAACCAUACCGUGACAGAUAUGCUCAAGUCUGUGGCUUUUACAAACACAAAUCCUCAGGAAAUUAUCACAACUGCCGAUCCUUCAGUUAGUGCUUCAAAGUUGUCUUCAAAUAUGUCAUCACUAGAGUUGGAAAAUUUUAAAAGUGAAGGAUACUAUAUAUGGGUAUAUUCAGCUUUGAUCAUAGCUGUAGUAAUAUUACAGAUAUGGAGAUGCUUUUUGUACUAUCAAGUGUGCAUGAGCUCAUCUAAAGCAUUACACAAUAAAAUGUUUCAUAAUAUACUCCAAGCACCGAUGAGAUUUUUUGAUACCAAUCCGUCAGGUAGAAUACUAAAUCGUUUCUCCAAAGAUAUGGGAGCUGUUGACGAAUUACUACCAAGCUGCCAAAUUGAUGCGAUUCAAAUUUUGAUGGUUUUUGUUGGUAUAUUGGUAAUGGUUGUUAUAGUAAAUCCUUGGAUGAUCCUUACAACCAUAAUUAUCGGUCCGGUUUUGUUUAUUCUUCGAAAAAUGUACUUAAAAACCGCUCAAUCAGUGAAGAGACUUGAAGGAAUCUCAAAAGCGCCUGUUUUCUCGCAUAUAUCAGCAUCACUGUUUGGAAUUACCACUAUUCGGGCAUCCAACGCUGAGAAAAUGGUCACUACAGAAUUUGAUAUUUUGCAAGAUCAACACUCCAGUACAUGGUUUUUGUUUUUGGUCAGCGGAAGAGUAUUUGGAUUCUAUCUGGAUGUUAUUUGCUGCAUAUUUUUGGCUAUUGUUACAAUUCAGUUUUUACUUUUUAGAGACGAGAAUACGUUGAGUGGAAACGUAGGUUUAGCCAUUUCCCACAGCUACAUCUUAACUGGUAUGGUACAAAUGGGUAUACGCCAGAGCGUGGAAGUAGCCAGUCAUAUGAUAAGCGUCGAACGAAUUUUACAGUAUACCAAAUUAGAAAAGGAUGGUGUAUUUGAAUCACUGCCUGCUAAAAAACCUCCCCGAGACUGGCCUAAUAAGGGGAAGAUUAUUUUUAAGAAUACUUUCUUAAGAUACGCGCUCAACAUGACACCCUCCCUAAGAGAUUUAAGUAUAGACAUUAAGUCUGGAGAAAAGGUUGGCAUUGUAGGUAGAACUGGUGCCGGAAAAUCCACCCUAAUUGCUUCAUUGUUCCGCUUAGCACCGGUCGAUGGUGAAAUUAUUAUCGAUGAUAUAGAAACUGGAGGAAUAGGACUACAUGAUUUGAGGACAAAUAUUUCUAUUAUUCCUCAAGAUCCCGUUUUGUUUUCAGCUUCGGUCGGUUACAAUUUAGAUCCCUUCGAAAAGCAUAGCGAUGAAAUUCUAUGGAAAGCGUUGGAAAAUGUGGAACUUAAAGGGGUUGUUACAGAUCUAAAUCAACCUGUUAGUGAAGGAGGUUCCAAUUUUAGCGCAGGACAAAGACAACUCAUAUGUCUUGCAAGAGCCAUAGUACGAAAUAAUAAAAUUCUUGUCAUGGAUGAAGCUACAGCAAACGUGGAUCCGCAAACUGAUGCUCUGAUCCAAAAAACAAUUCGUGAGAGAUUUAGAGAUUGUACAGUACUAACUGUUGCACAUCGAUUGAACACUAUUAUGGAUUCUGAUCGAGUUCUUGUCAUGGAUGCCGGCCAAGCUGUAGAAUUCGAUCACGCCUACCGACUAUUACAGAAUUCAGAUGGGUAUUUUGCUAAGUUUCUGAAAGAUGCUGGACCACCAAUGGCAAAUAAGUUAAGAGAUAUUGCUAAGGAGGAUUAUUAUAAAAAACACACGUCGCCAGAAGUUAUUGUCGAUGACGAUUAAGUCGAAUUUAUUAAAAUCUUUUUUUAUUGAUACAAGCUUUAUACGAUUAUUUACAAAUUUAUAGUAAGAUGAAAAUUAUUUUUCGAUUUCUAUAAAUAAAAAGUGUACAAAAAACA